UAUAAGUAGAGAAGCGAUAGAAAGUCCCUUUUCCAGAAGCCCCACUCCUUCCCGGCCAUUUUGCUUGCUCAACUUACAGGAAAAGAAAUAAUGGCGGAGUCUCAUUUUCAGUUUCAGCAGCUCAAAACUCUGAGAAAAUCUCCCCAUUCUCCAUGGAAAAAACCCAUCUUCAUGGCUUAUCUCUCUCACCUUCCCAAUCACAACUUCAAGUUCGCCUUCUCAAAGUCUUCAACAAUCUCUUUCGGUCGCUGCUCACUUUCCCACAGACGCACCGCCAUUCUCGACCUCCCUUUUCGUCCUCUCUUCGCCGCCGCUCGUCCUCGCACGCUUUGCAAGAUGAGCGAUUCCGAUAUAAUGUCACAGCUGGAACUUGGGAAGCCAGAAGAACGCCGAAAACCGCAUAAGCAAGUGACUGGAAUUUUCUGGAUUAUACUUCUCAAUCUAGGAAUAUAUGCAGCUGAUCAUGUGUUUCAGGUUCGUGCAAUAAAAGAUCUAUACCUGUACCACGGUUAUCCUGAGUGGUACCAGUUUCUGACUGCGACUUUCUGCCAUGCUGAUUGGAGACAUCUUUCUAGCAACCUUUUCUUCUUAUACAUUUUUGGAAAACUUGUUGAAGAAGAGGAAGGAAACUUCGGGUUGUGGCUUUCUUAUAUUCUUACAGGAGUUGGAGCAAACCUUGUUUCAUGGCUGAUUCUACCGCGAAAUGCAGUUUCGAUUGGAGCCUCGGGGGCUGUUUUUGGUUUAUUUACAAUUAGUGUCUUUGUAAAGAUGUCCUGGGACUGGAGGAAGAUCCUUGAAGUGUUUAUAUUGGGCCAAUUUGUUGUAGAAAGGGUUAUGGAAGCAGCCCAAGCUUCCACUGCGUUAUCCAGUGGCUUCCGCGGAUCCUCUGCGUUGCAAAGCAUCAACCACAUUGCCCAUCUCUCUGGUGCUCUGGUUGGCGUGUUUCUGGUAUGGCUUAUCAGUAAAGUUCCUUCGGAACCUCCAGAUCAAGAAGUAUCAAAGUUGCAUAGGAAAUCGGACAGAAAAUAGAAAGAUAUUUUUUUGUAUAUCAAAGUAUUCUUUAUCUUGAAAAUGCAUAUUCCUCAAUAGUUCUUUCUGCUUCUGAUCUUGUACUAAAAUUGUUCCCAUAGUAAAUGGAUUGUGGAAAAAGGCAGAAGAAGGCCUUUGGUGAAUCUGCCACAACUGAGGUGAGCGCUGAAAAUGCAUUGAUAUAAAACAGUCACGUUGAUAGAAUUCUAACUUUUUUAAAAUUUAU